AACAGCCAAUCACAGAACCAGAAAUACAAACGGCUCGCGGUUUAGAAGAGGUUGUUUUGACAGCGUGGGGAAGAGUCUGUGCAAAUCAUCUGGAGAGGCAGUCACCUUUGUAGGAUAUGGCUGCUGGACAGAUUAAUGCCACUUGUUUAGACUACACACUUGGACAUUACUGGACAUUUGCAGUUUCAACACAGACUUAUUUCACUAAACAAAAAUGAAGCAAGACUCCCCUAGAAGUGCUACGUAUACUGUGGAAUGUGAAGAUUAUGUCUACGUAGUAGAGUUCAGCCCGUUUGAGUGUGGGAAGGCAGAGACCCUUAUUGCUUAUGGUGGCAGCAGCUAUAUUGUUAUUGGAACUUGCAGAUUUCAGGAAGAAGACAGUGAAGUAGAAGGGAUUGAAUACAAGUCACUUAGAACAUUUCAUCAUGGUGCCCGUGUGGAUGCCAUUGCAUGGAGCCCAGAAUCCAGGCUUGAUGCUCUGCCACAGCUGAGGUUUUGUACAGCAGGCGGUGAUCAAAAGUUGAGGAUCUUUGCUUCAGAUCUCCGGGACAGAAAUGAAUUUAAGGCCAUAGGAGAGCAUACAGAUUACAUCAAUGACCUAGUAUAUGAUCCAAGAGAUGGCAAACAGAUUGCAAGUGUCAGUGAUGACCAUACUUGUCGAAUCUGGGAUCUUGAUGGAAAUCAAAAGGCAUCCUUCAUGCUUCGUUCUCCUGGAAUGAGUGUAUGCUGGCAUCAUGAAGAAGCUUUUAAGCUAAUGGUUGCAGAAAAGAGUGGUGUAAUUCGGUUCUAUGAUAUCAUUGCUCAUCAAGCUAUUUUAUCUGUGGAGUGCGGGCAGUUACCACUGAUGUCAGCAGACUGGUGUUUAGGGAACACUCUUAAAGUGGGAGCAGUCGCUGGUAAUGACUGGAUUAUAUGGGAUAUCUCACGCUCAAGCUGUCCUCAAGAAAAAAGGCCUGCGCAUUUUGACCGAGCUAGAAAAUUCAGGUGGUCAAGAGCCAAUGAAAAUCUAUUUGCAACUACUGGAUAUCCAGGAAAGAUAAACAGUCAGAUACAUAUUCACCAUUUAGGUCAUCCUCAGCCUAUCCUUCUUGGUGCCACAUCUGUUGGAUCUGGUUUGAGCUGGCACAGGACUCUUCCUCUUUGUGUUACUGGUGGAGAUCGCAGGCUUUCCUUUUGGAUGACAGAAAUGUGAAUAUGUUGCAUUUCCAAAGUGAAUGGAAAUUUAUACAACUUUUUGUUAUAAAAUAAAAAUAAAUCUUUA